AUUCUUACGGCAGUUCAGUUGCCGUUAACAGAAUGUAGAAGUGAUAGGGUUGUUUUGAAAUGUUUUGUUUUUGCUGUAGGCCUAGUAACUGUACAUUGUAAUGUUACUGUGGGUUUAUACAUGAAGCUUUAGCUGAACAAAGGAGAGUAGUAUCGUUUACUAUAAACAUAGCGGUAUCAGAUAUAGAUAGCAGGUACUUAUUGUUCUUUCGCUAAACGUCAAGUGGUCCUGUCAUUUGAAAUUCAACUCAACGUACUCGCCCUAAAAUCAUAUAACUAGGAUGGAGGGAACUGUAAUAAAAAUAUUUUCAGGAUGCCUUAUCGCAAUCAUCUGUUUUUCAACCACCACAGCACAAUAUUGUGAAGUUAAAGGAUGUUGUUUUGGUCGUGAUGACAGCUGUCUAACCCCGCUAGGUGAUCAUUAUUGUUACUGUGACGAGUUUUGUGAUCGAACUGAAUCCGGUGACUGCUGUCCAGAUUUUUCUAGAGAAUGUCUUGGAAUUACACCCACAGGAGUACCACCUGGCCCUGUUAUUGACUUUGACUGUGUUCGGGCUGAUGGUGCUAAAUUUCUUGCGGGUGCUUCAUACAUGGAUAAUUGCAACAGAUGCACUUGUAAAGAAGUACAGUCUGGAUCAGGACAUGCGUUUGAAUGUGAAAUGAAUGCAUGUCUUAUACGAGAAAAAGUAAUUAAUGAAGUCAACGCAAAUCAACAAUACGGGUGGACAGCUAGCAACUAUACCAUGUUCUGGGGACAGACCCUUGGGAGUGGGAUCCGUUAUAGGUUGGGUACAAUGAAGCCAGAUGAGACGGUAAUGGCGAUGAACAAGAUCCAAAUGGAAGAACAUGUCGUUCCGGACACUUUCGAUGCUCGAGAAAAGUGGCCAGGUUACUUAGAGCAAAUCAUGGAUCAAGGAAAUUGUGGCAGUUCGUGGGCUUUCUCAACUGCAGCCGUUGCCUCCGAUCGUCUGGCCAUUCAGUCAAUGGGUAACAUGAAAGUGAUCCUAUCACCCCAGCACCUACUAUCGUGUAAUACCAGACGUCAGCGCGGCUGCGAUGGAGGAUACACUGAUCGUGCUUGGUAUUUUCUAAGAAAAAAAGGAAUCGUAACGGAUGAAUGUUAUCCAUAUAAAAGUGGAAUGGACUCCGGAAUGACGAUGAAGAAAGGACAUUGCAUGCUACCACCGCCAGACCAUUCACCUUGCCCCAACGAAUACGUGCACAGUGAUGCGUACAAAUCAACCCCUCCAUACAGAAUUGGUCAAGAGGAAAAUGAAAUUAAGCAUGAAAUUUUCAAGAAUGGACCUGUACAAGCUACUUUUCUAGUGGAAUCUGAUUUUUUCAUGUACAAGAGUGGAGUAUACCGCCAUACAAACGUCAAUGCAAACGAAUCGCCUCAGUAUCGACAAAGUGGAUGGCAUUCAGUGAGAAUCAUUGGAUGGGGUAUUGGCGAAAAUGGCGUUCCAUAUUGGCUCUGUGCUAACUCGUGGGGGACUAAUUGGGGAGAGAAUGGUUACUUCCGCAUCGUACGUGGUUCAAAUAUGUGUGAAAUUGAGUCGUUUGUCGUAGGAGCCUGGGGAAAAGUUGACGCAGCAAUGAUGCACAAGGAAAACCUAGUAUAACACACAUUAAGAAGACAGUAUCGUCACCCAUCAAUUUCAACUACAGAAGAGGGCGCACAGUCAACGAUACUACUGUACUUAACCAUAUCUGAAUUGAAAAAAUAUAAGUUAUAUAUUUGAUUUUUUUUCAAUAGUCCUCAUGUUUACAUUACAUUACCAAUGAGUAAGAACUUUUAACAAGUCUGAUAAAAACAUUGACAGAAAAAAAACACCAUGUAGGGCUUAGUUUACUUAGGCCUACUCAUAAAAUCAUUCAAAGUAAUUUGCUGGACUACGGCGGUAUCGAUUAUUACGGGUUAUGAUUACAAUAGCAUUCCCUUUGAACUAGUAUAACUAUAUUUCAAAAGAGAAACGAAAUAAUAUAACACACAAAAAGCUUUGUCGAACAUCGUGUAAACAUUUGAAACGGAAACGUUUGCUGGUUUAAGAUUCUUGUACUCAAAAAUUUACCAAAGAAUUUUGUAAUUCCCUACCGAUUUCCAUUGGUUCGCUCCGAAAGUCUCAUAUGACCACCUCUACCAUUUGGAUGAAAAAUAGCAAUAUUUAAUUACCAACAAUGAGGAAAUUAUUAUACUUUGCAAACUCGUGUUUUGUUAUAUAUAGUCACUCUGGAGAUGAGUAUGUACAUAAGCGAAUCUUGUACUUAACGACUCCAAUUAGGCUUUUAUUUGAGAAAGUAUCUUAUACUAGAUCUACCUUUGAAUUUAUAGAUUAUUAUUAUUAUUUAGAUAAAUAUUUCAAAAUUAUAGUUUAACAUAUUUAAAAAUCAUGAAAAUACUUGUAGUUUAUUGAAAUUGAUAUAUACUUAGAAAUUUAAAAGAAACAAAAACAGAAAUAUCGUUAUUUUUUCUAAUUAUAGGCCUACUGGUAGAUGUUUUUGGUUAAUAAUUUGUUACUACCCCACGUUAUAGUAAUCCAAGAUGUCGUGUUAUAUGGCUCAACUUUUAUACACUCGUAGAUAAUUUAUAGUGAAUUUAUCUGAUCGCUUUAAACACAUACGUGUGUAAGUACAGUAUUAAGUAAACAGUUUUCGAACUACAGUAUUGUCCUAUCCAUUAAAGCUAUUGCACGAUUGCAGUAUUAUUUAAAUUAUUAAAACACAGUUGUCGUCUGCGGACAUCUACCAUUGUGCAGUUGCCCUCUCAAUCUUAUCCCUGUUACAACUACCAUGCGAGUACAAUUUUGUAAAUUAAUUAAUUUUUUUUUUUAUAUUAGGCCUAUUAAACUAUUAAAACAUUGCCGUUGUCGGUUGAGUAGCGCCCUCUAUACUUCGCCGUUUAAAACUGACGCAGCUGUAACCUAUAUUUAUACUUAUUAUUUAUUAUAUUUUGUAGUGAUUAAUUGUCAUUGGCAUCCUUAUUGCAUGAACUCUUGCCUUGUAUGAUAUUUCUUAGUGUUGUGAAUCUAUACCUACAGAAGUUUGGCUAAAAAAUAAUAUUCAACGUGAUGGAUAAAAAUCCUUAUAACAUUAUUUAAAAAGUUACAAACUUUUCUUUAUGGAAUAGAAUUAUAAUUUGGUUAAUGAAAGAGAUACUCUCUGUUGUAUUGAUGUUGCAAAUAAUUAUCUUGUAAAUCAUUAAAUUCAUUUGGCAAUAAAUUUGAUACCAGUAGAAUCGAAGUAUUGUGUUUGCUUCCAGCGUAUUGACAGAUUUCUUUUCGAAUUAACAGUUGGAUCAUAUGAAGUAAAUUUUAUCUCCAUAGUCCCUUUAGAAAACUAAUUGCGCUAAAAUCGAAUUACAUUUUACUGAUAUCAAUUGAUUGCCUCCGGAAUAUGGUUUGUUUGGUUGCUCUUGAAGAUUGUAUAGAAUCAGGCAAGGAACAUGUUUUGUAUGAUAAAACACAACAAUUACUGCCCAACUUAUGGCUGUCGCAAGAGUUAAUUUGCCUUUUGAAUUUAGAUCUUAAUAUAUCACGAAGACAUGCCAUCAAGAAUCACUCUCUCUACUGCCUUCCAUAUAAAUAACUACGAAACCAAGAAAGAAACGACCCACAUACGCCACUCUGUUUCAGCUUGAGCAACAGAAGAUUGUGUGGAAAUUCAGGAAGACCAUGAUGACAAGAAUUCGGAGUCGGAGCUGAAACGGAUUGAAAAUAAUGUUAAAUAAUGAAGCUUUUGCAUUAGCACUGUGUGCAGUUUGUCCACCGUGCUUACAAAAGUGGGUGUGGCAUUGGUUCAAUUGUAAACUGCCAUAGAUAUUACGGUACAGCAUUUGACGUGUUAAAGAAUUUAAACAAACAAAUGCUUUAAAAAUGACCCAAGUCCAUGAUAGUAACGUUUAGUACCAUUGAAGAACAAAGAUACUAUACGUAACCUUCUGUUGAUUUGAGAAGUUGAUUCAUAUAUGCGAACAUCGAAAGUCUGGAUAUAUACAUGAGUGCCGAGUGUUAAAUUACGACAAUUGGGUUUAAAAUAUUUCUGUCACUGACAAAAAACUACACAAAAAGAAAUGACUGUAAACAUUAUUUUAUUUUAAUAAAUACAUAAACAUA